AUGGUAUACACUUGCGCAAUCCCACAGCAGCCGACAUCCCAAGCAAGGGUGAUGCCAAGACCAACACUGUCAUCUACCUGGCGGCGCUGGAGCCCCAAGAAAACAUGGGGAGUGAAAGUCACCGCCGGGGCUCCACCACUGGGUAAUAACGAUGUUCAUGGUAGAAAUAGAAGAACGCGCUUGUUGUCUGCGGUGAAAAGUCGUCAUAACCAGAAGAAGAUGCUGAGUGCAGCGCAACAACAACAGCACCGCUUCUGCGAAAACUCACAAGAGUCCGAAGUGGAAUCGACAAUGGCAUACAAUCAAUAUUCAGACAACACACCACUACUAGACGUCGAUGACAGGACCACCGUCAUCUGGUCUACUGAAGCUCCGGCCCCAAGGCGGAUGAGGAACACCCGUUGCAGGGUUCGGCGGCUUCUUCGUUUAAAUCGCCAUCACCAACUCUCGGAGAGCAACAAGUCUUCCUCGGAGUCAUCAGUUCGUGCCCGCAACGUAGCACGACAGUCGGAAAGGGAUGACGAGAUCGACGUCGACAGCGACAUGAUCAGCCCCGCUCGAGGUUGGGCGUACAACAUGGUAACCGGCCUCGCGUGGUACAUGCCCUCUCCUUUCGACAUGAUGCCACAAGGGUAUCCAUCCAGAAUGUCAGUUUACUAG